GCAGCUGCGGUCCUAUCGGCCAAUCGCGGGAGUGCAGGGGGUUGGCCUGCUUGGCUGUGGCUCCCGGGAUAUGGAGCCGCCGGAGCUGGGUCGGCGUGUCAGGUGGUGGCGGAACCGAAUCCUAUUCUAAGAACACGGGUACUCAGUUGUCCACCAUGGUAUUGGGUCCUGAACAGACGAUGCCAGAUGACAGUGCUUCUGGAGACCAUGGGGACUCUGCCAGUCUUGGUGCCAUCAAUGCUGCCUACAGUAACUCCUCACUUCCACAGUCCACUGGGCAGUCGGAAGAGCCAUUUACCACCUACUUUGAUGAGAAGAUUGCCAUUCCUGAGGAGGAGUAUUCUUGUUUUAGCUUUCGUAAACUCUGGGCAUUCACGGGACCUGGCUUUCUUAUGAGCAUUGCCUAUCUGGAUCCAGGAAACAUUGAAUCUGAUUUGCAGUCUGGAGCAGUGGCUGGAUUUAAGCUGCUGUGGGUCCUUCUGUUGGCCACCAUUGUGGGUCUGUUGCUCCAGCGCCUUGCAGCUAGACUGGGAGUGGUCACUGGGCUACAUCUUGCUGAAGUGUGUCACCGUCAGUAUCCCAAGGUCCCACGAAUCAUCCUGUGGCUGAUGGUGGAGUUGGCUAUCAUUGGCUCAGACAUGCAGGAAGUCAUUGGCUCGGCCAUUGCCAUCAAUCUCCUGUCUGUGGGAAGGGUUCCCCUGUGGGGUGGAGUUCUCAUCACCAUCGCAGAUACUUUUGUUUUUCUCUUUUUGGAUAAAUAUGGCUUGCGGAAGCUAGAAGCAUUUUUUGGCUUUCUCAUCACUAUUAUGGCCCUCACAUUUGGAUAUGAGUAUGUUACAGUGAAACCCAACCAGAGCCAGGUACUCAAGGGCAUGUUCGUGCCAUCUUGUUCUGGCUGUCAGACCCCACAGAUUGAACAGGCUGUGGGCAUCGUGGGAGCUGUCAUCAUGCCACACAAUAUGUACCUACAUUCUGCCUUAGUCAAGUCUAGACAGGUAAACCGGGCCAAUAAGCAGGAAGUCCGAGAAGCCAACAAGUACUUUUUCAUUGAAUCCUGCAUUGCCCUCUUUGUUUCCUUCAUCAUCAAUGUCUUUGUCGUCUCAGUCUUUGCUGAAGCAUUUUUUGGGAAAACCAAUGAGCAGGUGGUUGAUGUGUGUAAAAAUAGCAGCAGUCCCCAUGCUGGCCUCUUCCCUGAAGAUAACUCAACUCUGGCUGUGGACAUCUACAAAGGGGGCGUUGUGCUGGGAUGUUACUUCGGGCCUGCUGCACUCUACAUCUGGGCAGUGGGGAUCUUGGCUGCCGGACAGAGCUCCACCAUGACAGGAACCUAUUCUGGUCAGUUUGUCAUGGAGGGAUUCCUGAACCUAAAAUGGUCACGUUUUGCCCGAGUGAUUCUGACACGCUCUAUUGCUAUCAUCCCCACUUUGCUUGUUGCUGUCUUCCAAGAUGUGGAGCAUCUAACGGGGAUGAAUGACUUCCUGAAUGUUCUGCAGAGCUUACAGCUUCCUUUUGCCCUCAUACCCAUUCUCACAUUCACAAGCUUGCGGCCAGUAAUGAAUGAUUUUUCCAAUGGAAUAGGCUGGAGGAUCGCCGGUGGGAUCUUGGUCCUUAUUGUGUCUUCCAUCAACAUGUACUUUGUAGUGGUUUAUGUCCAGGAACUGGGGCACAUGGUGUUGUAUGUCGUGGCGGCUGUGAUCAGUGUGGCUUAUCUGGGAUUUGUGUUCUACUUGGGUUGGCAAUGUUUGAUUGCACUGGGCAUGUCCUUCCUGGACUGUGGUCAUACGUACCACCUGGGAUUGACAGCUCAGCCUGAACUCUACCUUCUGAACACCGUGGAUGCUGAUUCACUUAUGUCAAGAUGACUAACAGCCUGAGAGACUCUAUAAGAACCAUUUUCUCUAAGCCCUGUUGUGCCAACUGUCUUAACAUACCUCUGUUAGUUUGGAGGUGAGUUUUGUUCAUUUGAACAAAGGCAGAGAUUGCCUCGUGGAAAUGGGAUUAAAAACUGACAGCUAUAAGUUUAGAUCAGGGAUCCACCUCAUAACAAACAAUAACCAGAGUUAAAUGAUUGACCUGCUCUGACCACGUACCCCUAUGGGGUGUGUCUUGACUUCUGGGUUUUAAAAAAUAUAUAUGUCUAUAUAUUUAUGUAAACCUGAACAUCAGUUUGGGUAGAAUUUUAAGGUUAUAUAAAACUAAUAGAUCUUAUAUUUUUUUAAAAAAAAACAAUCUCAGGUAAAUUACAUCUUUGGAUCACAAGUGAGAAGGGAAAGGAAAUGUUCUUUUUUUUUUCCACACUGACUGAUCCAAUUGACUAUCUUAUAAAGUGAUACUUUACCAGUUAAGUUUUACUUUGAUUGUAAUCAGCCAUGUUACAUCCUUGGUAUCUACUAAUAUUACAUCAUUUCUAAAGAAAUCAUUUCUUCUAUUUGGUGAUCUUACUUAACCCUGGUUAUCUACCUACUUUGUAAUUAGUAUUUUCUUUGUUGUCAUUUUUCUUGAAAUUUUUCCUAGUUAUUAAACCAGGGAUACAAUGUUAUUUGUCAACCUGCUUAAUAUGUAGUAACAACAUCUAGAAACCAUAUUUUAAAUCAUGAUUGUUUUCCCACAUUGUAAUGUAGCUUAGCCCAUUCUAGCAUUUGAGUUUUAGGUAGAAAAAGGAGAAACUAAUAACAUUUAACUGUGUUAAGUUCUGAUACAAGACAAUCAAAGUAUUAAGAUUCUUUCUAAUAUUGGUAGUUUCACAAUGUCUUUUUCCCACUUUAACCAUUAAUAAUCCAAAUACCAUUUCUAGGUCCAAAAUCUAUUUCUUGGAGUAGCUAGUAUUUAUUUUGUUGAAUGUCUUAGGGAAUGCUAAGCAUUUCAUUUUAAGAUAUUUGUACCAAGUAGUAUGAGAUUAUUACUAGGCUGGGACUUGGAAGAUUAAUCUAUAUGAUCACAAACUGCCUGCUGGCAUGUAAUUAGUAGAUUUUUUUUUGCUCCCUCAUCCUGUUAAUUUUCUUCCUUAAAAUUUUUGUAAUGAAAAAGUUCUUUUUGAGUUAAAAUUUUGGCUGGGGGUAUAACUUAGAGCUAGAGUGCUUGCCUUGCAUGCACAAAGUCCUGGGAUUGAUUCUACCCAGCUUGCAUGCAUGCAUACAUACUUAAAUAAAAGUUUUAUCAUAAUUAUCUGAUUGAAGAGUCAGAAGAUAUGCCACAUUGGGUCCACAUUCCUACAUGGAAGUACAAUUGGCUGGAACUGAAUGGCAGCUAUUUGUUUUCAAUGCCAUAUACUCCAGGGUGGCAUAUACCCCAGCACAUCACUCAUUUCUUUCUGACUUCCAAGGUAUUGAUUGAGUCUGUGAACUCUGCAGCCUUUGGGUGACUUUGAACUUCACUUUCCUCUUCAGCAUUAAAUGAAAUGUCUGACCUCUUUGCCUUAUUUUAAAAUUUAUUACCUGCUGGGCAAGAUGAUGCUACUCAGGAAGCUGAGGCAAAAAAAAAUUGUAAGUUUGAGGCCAGCAUUUUAGGAAAACUCUGUCUCAAAUUGAGGAUACAGUUCAGUGGUAGAGUGCCCGUGAGUUCAAUCCCCAGUACCACAACAGAUCAAAACAAAACCAUAAAAACUUACUACCUUUUUUUUGGUUUUUCUUUCUCUCUAUCUUUUGCAAUCCAGACAUUGCCUAGCUACAUUAUUAUAGUUUGGCCUUCUAAGUGGCAGGGAGUUUUCCUAAAUGACACUAAAAUUUCUCAUUUCUACUUCAGGGAUUUGUGAACCUUCACAUAAGAGUAGCAACCCUGCAACCUAGGUUAGUGUCCUUCAAAUCUUAAAAUUGAGAGUGAAUUAACAUGAAUAAGUUCCCACUUAAAAAUGGAAGUUUCAGUGUUUUUAUUUUGUAAAACAUAAAUAUCUAUCAGAGAUAUCAUCUAGAUAGUAACUCUACAUGAACCAGUUUGUUUUAUUUUUCCUCUUCACUGGACAAUUCCAUUUCUCAGUAGUUUCAUUAUCAUAGAAUGUUGGAGAAAGGAAGUUAAAAAAAAUCAAACAUCCUGUUUUUAACUCAUAGAAAGGUGAGUUGAUUGAUUAAACUGAGGUUAAAUACUCUGGGGAUUUCUGUAGCACACUUUCUCUCUCUCUCUCUCUCUCUCUCUCUCUCUCUCUCUCUUUCUCUCUCUCUCUCUUUCUCUCUCUCUCAGUAUUGGAGAUUGAACCCAGGGGCUCUCAACCACUGAACCACAUCCCAGCCCUUUUUU